ACAAAGUUAUAAUUGGUGAUUUGUUUGUGUUUCUUAUACUGAUAUUAUUAAUAUAUAUAUCUAUUUAAUAGAUAGGUAGUUUUAACUAUUUACUUAGUUGAUAUAAUUUUACAUAUAUUUUAGAAAACUUCAACCAUACCUUCACCCUAUUUUGCUGUUAAAGAAACACAAAAGAAAAGAAAGAAGGAUGACAGUCAAUUGUUUGUCAAAACUAUUACACAAGCUAUUCAGGGUUGCAAAGAUAUAGACGAGUAUGAGGCUUUUGGCAUUUGUGUUGCUGCCAAGGUGCGGAAAAUGAGUGAAACCCAGUAUCUGAUGGCAGAACCUUUGAUUAACUCAAUACUAUCCAAAGGACUGUCAAAUCAUUUAACUCCUGAUACUGUAAUAGGACAGCAAAAUUCCAUUGAUUAUUCACAUGGCCAUGGACCAAGUAGUGGGAUACCAUUGUCUACCAACUCUUAUACAGCUCAAUCCAACACUAUAGCCAACUCUACCUUAAGCUAUACUUAUCCUGAAAGUUCUAUAUCUCCUGCCAUUAAUUCAGGUAUUAAUUCUGUCAGUAUUGUUAUACUCAUGGAUUCGCCUAUCCGAGCUAUACUAACUUUAAUAGGGUUGAUGAUGAAACUGGUGAUAAUUCUGAAGAUGAUAGUUCUCUUUUAACAUUAUAAAAUAGCAUGUAUUUAAUAUAAAAAUUUAAUAUUUAGUAAGUAAUGGGAAGU